AUGUCGCAAACACUUCGUUGUCCUUACCUUAAUUGGCAUGCAACGUCUUCGAGACCGUCGUUUCUGCUUCCAAACAAAAUGAACAAGAGAUAUGAAUGGAGAGUCAAGGCCAACGGGGCAGCAAUUUUAGCAUGGAAGAGAUGGGUUGAACGAAGGCCUGAGACUAUAAUUGAUCGUUUUUUGGCAGAGAAUCCGAGCAACGAGAUCAUAAAGUUGAUCCAGAUUGGUUUGUUGUGUGUUCAAGAGAAUGCAACAAAGAGACCAACCAUGAGCUCUGUAACAGUUUGGAUUGGCAGUGAGACUAUCACUUUUCCUUUACCUAAGGAUCCUGCUUUGACAUGGAGUCAAUCCCAAUCUGAAGACGAUACAAUGUCAUCAAUGAGCAAG